GCAGCAGUCCGUUUCCACACACGCUGUGUGUUGUAGUCGGUGUGUGUGUUUAUCUCGCGUCACGUUUAUUGUGUGAACCGUUCGCGGGCGGCGCUCGCGCUCUGACGCAGUUAUUACCGUGUGUGUGUGCAUGCGUGUUGGUUCGCGUGACACAAUUUGCGUGCACUAAGACCCCAUCAGCCGACGCUGUGAGUUUCCGUCGGCCGCGGGCAUCAGUGGCAAACUGGGCACCGGCGUGCGCGCGUUUAAAAUUUUGUCGACCGAUCGUCGACCGUUUUUUAAUUCGAUAAGAGAUAGACAUACACUCUGCGCGUGUGUGUCUCCGUGCCUCGUUUUGUUUUUUGUUUCAAAUUAUAUAUAUUUUUCUUCCGGACUUCGACGGGACGACUUCAUCUGACGUCGUCACGAAUGACCGAGGUGUUAUGAAAUCGGGCGGACGUGUGUCCGUCGAUACGUUUGUAGUUGUGUGAGUCCUACGUCGGGCCCUCGCACCGACCUCUACGCAUCGAACGCCACCCAUCAACCGCCACACCCGUGUGUCGUUAUCUUGUCGCUGGUGUUGUCUUACGGUGGUGCGACGAUGAUGGACGACGACGACGAUUACAGCAAGACAUGCGGUCCCGUGUUGGACCGCCGAAACCCGGUGAACCUGGACGAGCUGUUCGUGCCGCUCGGUACCAAGUCCAAGGAAUGCGACAACCUACUGGCCGUGGCCGAGGAGGUUUCCGGGGACGAAGACGACUUGGCCGUCGUUGAGACGGUUGCCGCCAAGGCCACGAGCUUGGUGAAUGACAUCAACACUAGAUUUUCCAACGAUUGCACGCAGACCGUCGGACCGUACUUGGACAUGGCCGACCCGUCGCGCAAGGUCAGCGUCCGUGACCUGUUUAAACCUCUGGACUUUAAGUCCAAAGAGGUGCAAAACUUGGCCGAAGAACGGUCGUCGGACGACGACGAAGAUGACCACCACAACGCUGAGGGCGGUGGUGACUACCAGACGACCAGUGCAGAACACGACCAACAGCAGACCCAGACCUGUGGGCCCGUUCUCAUCGACAGUAGUAGCUACAUCAACUCGCCGGCCAAACAGCAAUUGGAACGGAUUUUCGAUCAAAAUCCGGAAGAGGGUAACGAUGAUCGUGAAAAGGAACAACAACAACAGAUGCAGGAUGAGCUGCCGCGACCACCAUCACAGCUGGACGGUGCCGACGGAAACGCCGCCCAAUCGUCGGCCGAAGACGACGACGAUGGCGACGAUGAAGACGGUGGAUUACAGCGGCCACCUGCUAACCCCGACCACGGUAUAUUGACCACCAAGGACGGCACACCGCUGAUCCGGUUACGGAGUAAAAAGUCCAUAAUGGAAUCGAGGUUCAAGCUCACCAUGCGCACGUGGGACGAUGUGUGGAAGUCGACGGCUUGGGCCAAGUUUGCCCCGGACAAGCUGAAGAGCACAUUGCAGAGGUCGACCCGGAACCAGGGAGAGCUGAAAGCCGGUGGCGACGCGGCAUCGAAGAAGCCGACCGCCACGGCCGCAGCGAUGGCCGCGGCGGGAACUACUGCGACCGCGGUGCCGGUCAAGAAGAGCCGGUUCAGGGUGCAGCACGUUCAGAUUGACGACCAACCGUCAGUGAUGGUGUCCUCGGCCAAACGGUCCCCGAAACCGCCGCUGUCGUCGUCCAGCGGCAGCAGCGACACGGACAGCGACCGGCUGCCGGCCGGCCUUCCCAUGAUCGAGAGCAACCUCAACGAGCUGACGAUGGUCGAGUCUCAGCUGAAGAAGCUGGAGAGGGAGCACGAGGCCAAGCACCAGCUACUGACACCCAAGAACGACUGCGCGGCAGAAAAGUCGGGGUCGACGGCCGACGAUGGUGGCCACAAACAGCAGCACCAGCAGCAGCGGGGCGUCGGUGGCGUUGGUAGCGGCACCGGCGGCGGUGACGGCAAAAAAGACAAGGCGGCCGCCCCAAAGGUGGGCUCCAGGGCCGCGGAAACGCACUCUAAGCGAUUGGGCUGGCUGAAGGCGUUCCGACGCAAGUCAUCAGCCGACACGAGUUCGGACACGGCCGCCGCCGCCCCCAACCCGCCGGCCGCACAACAGUCGGCCAAGCCGGCCAAACACAAGCAGCAAGCGGCCGCGGCCAAAUCGUCUGCCGCCGGUAGACAGUCGUCGUCACCCAGACAACAACAGAAACAACGCGCAUCCUCGACCGCCGGCGCCAACAGGCCGAGGCAACAACAGCGAGCUUCGGCAGGGCCGUCCACCGCCACAACGGGCAGUGAUGCGGCCACAAAUAGUUCCACAGGAGGAGGAGGAGGAGGAGGAGUUGGAAGUGGUGGUGGAGGAGUAGGUGGAGGCAGUGGUGCCUCUACAGUGACAAGUACACGCGGAUCGUCUCGCAGCCGUUCAUCGGAAGAGCCGCACAUCGGCAAGUACAAACUGCUCAAAACCAUCGGCAAAGGCAAUUUCGCCAAAGUCAAACUAGCCAAACAUGUACCUACCGGGAAGGAGGUCGCGAUUAAAAUCAUUGAUAAAACUCAAUUAUUACCAGGAAGUUUACAAAAACUUUUUAGAGAAGUUAGAAUAAUGAAAAUGUUGGACCAUCCAAACAUAGUUAAAUUAUUACAAGUUAUAGAAACUGAAAAAACACUAUAUUUAGUUAUGGAAUAUGCUAGUGGAGGUGAAGUAUUUGACUACUUGGUAUUACACGGGCGCAUGAGAGAAAAAGAAGCAAGAGCCAAAUUUAGACAAAUUGUUUCAGCAGUCCAAUACUGCCAUCAAAAAAGAAUCAUACACAGAGAUUUAAAGGCUGAAAACUUAUUACUGGAUAGUGAAAUGAACAUAAAAAUAGCAGAUUUUGGGUUUAGCAAUGAAUUUACACCUGGUGGUAAACUUUAUACAUUUUGCGGUAGUCCUCCAUAUGCUGCACCCGAACUAUUCCAAGGAAAGCGUUAUGAUGGACCAGAAGUAGAUGUUUGGUCAUUAGGAGUUAUUUUGUAUACUUUGGUUAGCGGUUCUCUGCCUUUUGACGGUUCUACCUUAAGAGAGUUGAGAGAAAGAGUAUUGCGUGGCAAAUAUAGAAUACCGUUUUACAUGUCAACAGAUUGUGAAAAUUUAUUGAAAAAAUUCCUUGUUUUAAAUCCACUUAAAAGAGCAUCAUUAGAGGUUAUCAUGAAAGACAAAUGGAUGAACUUGGGCUGUGAGGAAGAUGAAUUAAAACCUUAUGUAGAACCUGAACAAGAUUUCAAAGAACCAAAACGAAUAGUCUGCCGAGUUACAGAAAUAUUAGUUGGCAUGGGUUAUAGCCGUGGAGAAAUAGAAGAGAGUUUAUCUCAAGCUAAAUAUGAUGACAUAUUUGCCACUUAUUUGUUACUAGGAAGAAAGUCUAAUGAUCCGGAAAGUGAUGGUUCUCGAUCUGGUAGUUCAUUAUCAUUAAGAGGAAUCACCGGACCAAAUCCAGGCAUAAAUAACACCAACAAUGUAUCAGCCGUGAACAAUACUAAUCAGUCGCCAUCACAUCGGGGUGUGCAUAGAUCAAUAUCUGCUACCAAUUCCAAACCUAGCAGAAGGGCUUCAUCUGGUGGUGAGACUUCCGCUUUGACCACAAAUCAUCCAAAUUCUAGCAAUGUUCCUGCUACCAAUAAUACGCCAAACAAUCAACAAACAACCCAUAACUCUACAAAUAAAACAAGUAAUAGUACCACUAAUUCAACCAAUCACAAUCAUAAUGUGGCCAUUCCAAGUACUAAUUUCAAGCGUCAAAAUACUAUUGAUGCUGCCAGCAUCAAAGAAAAUACGGCUCGACUAAAUUCUAGACCUGAAAAUAUGAUAGGAACAAAACAACGGUCAAUGGCUCCUGGUGGGUCUGUGGGUAGAAGGAGUACAAUCAGUUAUGAUGCUAAAGCAGCUGUAUCAACUCCUCCCGUAAUGGAUCCAGCAAGUGCGUUGGCUGUACCUAAUUCUGGUUCUGGAUGUGGAGAUACACGAUCCAAAGGUCACGUCAAAUCUGCUUCUGUGUCUAGUGCCACAGAACAUACCACAGAACCUCCUGCCCACCCGAGGGGUGUUACUGUAUCACCUGCAUCACCAGCAGUCAAUAGUCGACAGCCAUUCCCGAGGAAUGUGCCUAGUCGCCAGACCUUCCAUUCUGGUCAAAACAGACAUAGAGGUUACACUGGCGUUGGACCUACUAACAAUACUGGCAGCCCACAUGAUCCAUCCGUGCAAAGGCCAUCUUUCUUUUCAAAAAUAUCAUCCAAGUUUGUUAAACGGCCAAUGGAUCAAAAUCUGCCCAAAAAUAAUAUUGUUAGUAAUACAGUGAAUGACGAUCAAAUGAAACCCAGAUCGUUGAGAUUCACAUGGAGUAUGAAAACGACGUCUACAAGAGACCCAAACGAGAUUAUGGCCGAAAUAAGAGAGGUGCUGGACGCCAACAACUGCGAUUAUGAACAGCGCGAGCGUUUCCUGUUGCUGUGCGUGCAUGGCGACCCGAACACCGACUCUCUGGUCCAGUGGGAGAUCGAAGUGUGCAAGCUGCCCAGGCUGUCGCUGAACGGCGUCCGGUUUAAGCGCAUAUCAGGCACAUCCAUCGGGUUCAAGAACAUUGCGUCAAAAAUAGCCAACGAUCUAAAGCUCUGACUACACACCGAAAACCUGCCGUCCACCGACGAAUAGGUUUUUUGGUUUUCGUACGAAAAAAAAUUACACACAGCCACACACCUCCCGCCCAUCCACACAAACACACACACGUGCGUACGUAAAUGCACACACGGACCAGACGAGAACGGGAGCAGCGCGAAUCAAUAACGAUAAUAUAUGAUUAUUAUAUUAUUAUUAUUAUUAUUAUUAUUAUUAUUAUUAUUUUUAUCAUUAUGUCUGAAAUAUUAUGUAUAUUUUUAUAAUAUUUUGUUUAUAAUCAACAACAACGAACACGCUCGUCGACUACCACGGCCAGCUACGACCCGGUUGCAUCAUACAAAUACGUACAUAUAAAUACACACAAAUCUAUAAAUACCGGAAAAAUAAAACGGUUUUCAAAAAUGUCUAGACGGAACAGCGGUUGAAUGUCUUGUACGCCGCCAACCGUUGAUCCAAGACAGACACAAAAUGUGUUCCGACAAAUCGAUUUUGUAAAAAAGUGUUUUUUUCAAAUGAUUUUCGUUUUCGUUAUGAUAAUUUUAUUUUUUAAUUUGAUUUGAUUUUUUUUUUUUAAAUUUAUCGUCGUUAUGAUUUAUUUUCAUUUUCGAUAAUCUAAUAUUAUAGUUUUGAUUUUUACUGUAAGAAUAAAUUUAAAUAAAACAAAUAUCGUUAGAAAUGACCGCCCCUCUCCACCCCCAACCACACUACUUUAAUGUAAACAACCAGAAUUUUAUGAUUUUCACCGAUUUUUAAAUUAUUCUACUUUCACUUAAGUAUAGUUUAAACCUAUGCCAUUUAUAAUAAUUAUUUCUUUAUGUACUUACUUCCAAUAGAUAAUUGAAUUAUACAAAUCAUACAUUAUUUACUAACAGUUUAUUCGUCGGUUAGCAAACAUGUGCUUUACUAAACUACCAAACAUUUUCCUCUUCAGGGGUGUCUUGGGUAUUUUGGAUAUACUUUCGUCCACAUGCCCAUUAGUUUUAAUACUAUUUAUUUAUUUAUUAUUUUUUUUUCAUGUGUAAAUUUAAGAUUAAUUAUUAUUUUUAAAUUAAAUAAUGCUCGUGAAUACAAUUUGAGUUAAUUCGCUGUAGAAAUGUAAUAUUCAAGUACGUGGAAAUUAAAGGGGGGGGGUUAUAAUUUACAUGCCAUUUUUAUAAUAUUAUAAUAAUAAAACAAUCGACAUCAGAAGUAAUAUUGUAAUUGGUAGCUUGAAUACCAUGUAUAACGAUUACAGUCUUAACCAAUAAAUAUUAUUACUAUUUUUAUAUUCAUAUUAAUAUGUACGUUUGUUCUAAAAUGCCCGAAAUUGUAUGUGAUAUAGCGAGAUUUGUGGCAAUCACCCCUAACCCCUGACUGAUGAUCUACCGUUUUAGAGCUGAAGUGUUGAAAUAUUUACAAUGAUAAUAAUAUUUCGAUAAGUUAAAUUUACGAUUUUCUAGUAAGAGCGUAUUUAUUAUUAUAAUAUUAUAUUAAUACAUUGUAGAUCAUCAUAUCUUAUGAGAAUUAACUCUCACGUGUAAUAUAUAAUAUAUGUAUAAUAUGUUAAGUAUAAAUAUAACAAAGAGACAUCGUAUGAACGAAGAUCUUUUUUAUUAAUGCAUUUCUUUAUAAUACUCAUAUAUAUAUAUUACGUAAUUGGUCUCGCUAAUUAAAAAAUUGUUGUUACUAAUCACUACAACUAGUUCUGAUGAUAUAGAAUCAGCAGAGUGCUUUGUGUAAUAUUUUCUAAAAAUUAUAUACGUGUAUUAUAUAUAUAUAUAUUGGCCCACCUAUCUUGUAAAACUUGGGGUUUUUAACGUUUUCCGUGCAAGCAUAUGUAUAAAUGUUGGAUAUGUUGAGUAGAUAAUUUAUUCAACAAGAA